AUGUGGUGUAAAGUUGCUUGUAUGAAUGACCGAGACGAUUUCGCCGAAUUAAUCGGCAGUGCUCGCACUGUAAUCAAAUGUCCAUCAUUUUAUUUUAAUGGUCGUAUUCGAUAUGGAACUAAAGGGGAAAAGGUGGAAGAACGACUUCUGUGUAUGGAUGCCGUUCGAGUAUAUAUAUGUUCGGUUAAAAUUCCUGUUAAAAUCGAAUCACAAUUUAAUAUUCUUUCAAUAAAAUUAAUUGAACGUGUGACUGAUUCUCAUAUUUUGAUAGAAACUGAUGAGAAACAAGCCCAUACAUUAUAUGGUGUUCAUGAUAAAUCAUCAUUGCAACCAUUUCUAAUUGUACUUGUACGAAGUUUACAUGCUGUUUUUCCUCAUAGAUUACAAGCAAUUGUGGAAAUUCGACCUGAGAAUGAAUAUGAUAAAUUAUUACGUUUAUCAAAUGAAUUUUAUCAAGAUCCGAACAUAAUGUCAACUGAAUCACGUCCAUGUGGAGGAUUUUCUCAACGUUAUGAGUGUGCUUGCGAUUUUUACCAAAUACCCUGCAAUAGAGCAGUACAAACUCUCGUUGACACUGUAUUUGCUCAUCGAACAUCACGUGAAUUUACAUUUCGAGAAUUUGAAUCACUGACACAAAAAGAUUGGCUACCUAUCAUUGGUGCUUUACGUCACAAUGAAUGGUUUACAAAAAUAACAAUCGAAAAUAUUAAAUUAACAUCAGAAAAUAUCGACGAACUUUGCACUUUCGUUCGUCUAUGUAAAGCAGUGCAAGAUUUACGUUUAAUCAAUUGCGGCCUUAGACAUGAUUUCUGUACACGUUUUACACAUUCAUUACCUGUCUGUCAUAUUGAAAAACUUGAUCUAUCAAAUAAUGCACUCGAAGAUAAAGGUUUAAUCGCGUUAAGCUCAUCAUUACAACAACGUAAAUUACCUCUUAUAUCAAUUAAUUUGCAAUCAUGUUCAUUAACACAUAAAAGUUUACUUGUAUUCAAUACAGCAAUAAUUAAUAAUAAUAAUUUAUUAAAAAAUCUUCAAAUACUUAAUUUAUCAGGAAACCGUAUUAAAGAAGAAAAUUGUAUAACAAUUUUAUUUCAGAAUAAUGAUAAUGUCCUUGAAGAAUUGCAUUUAAGUGACAUUGAAUUUAAUUUAGAAUCGUUUUUUAAUUCAAUGUCGUCAAUUUCAUGUAAACUUCGUCGUUUAUUUAUAUCAUCUAUCAAAUCAUUUAUUCCACCAUCGGUUAUCGGUGGUGUAAAAUCAUUUUUUAUGAAAACUGAAACAUUAGAAAUUGUACAAUUAUCCAAUGCAAAUUUAUCUAAUGAAUUUCUCAAAGAAUUAUGCGAUGGGCUUCAUUCAAAUAUUCAUUUAAAUAACCUCGAUUUACGUCUUUCUGGCAAUCAACUUGAGACAUUUAUUCAUGAAAAUGCAGCUAAAUUAGCGACUAUACCAAGUCUAACAGCAUUGGAUCUUACUGCGUGUGAUUUGGACAAUGAAAUUCCAACUCUCUUAGGAGAAUUAAAGAAAAAUCGAAAAAUCAAGUCACUGCACAUAGGCAAAAAUUUUAAUAAUAUAAAACAAAAAAAUAUGCAGCGAACAAUAAGUGCAAUGAAAGAUCUUGUUAUAGAUAGUGAUUUGGAAUAUUUAUCAAUAGCUGAUUCAAAAUUAAAAGAAAAUACAAUUGAUUUUCUUUUAGCAUUGACUUAUAAUGCAUCAUUAAAAAUACUUGAUAUUCGAGGAAACCUAAUGGGUGAUACAGGUGCUCGUGUCAUUACUCAUAUAAUACAAAUAAAUCGCCAAUUGCAUACAUUAUUUUUCGAUCGAAAUCUUCUCUCCUUCAAUAGUUUUGAAGAUAUUGUUAAUGCAAUGGAAGAAAAUUAUACAAUUCAAUAUUUACCUAUACCAAUAACUGAUAUAAUUCUAAUGAAAAUAACUGAAAAAGAUCGAAUGGAAAAAAUUCAGAUAUUAAUGAAUAAACUUGAUUCAAUAUGUACGAGAAAUCAACAGCAGAGAGAAAAUUUGAAUUCGAAUGAUUCUUCGCUUUUGACAACAGCAGCAAAUCUAUCGCGAGAAAUAAAUCUAUCGUGGGAAAAUCAGCAACAAUUAGUUGGUGAUCAAGCAUCACUUGAUUAUAUUUCAUCAUGUUCAAAUAGAAUACUUCAAAACAGCAAUAACGAUAACAACACUAAUAAUGAGUUAAAUUCAAUUUUGACGCGAACAACUCACAUCAACAAAAUUUCAUCUCAACUAUAUGAAUCAUAUAUUGAAGAAGAAGAACAUUUAAAAAACGAGUGGGACCACAUAUGUAAAACAUUUCAAGAGAAAGUCGCUGAAAAAAACGAACGUCUAUCAAGAAAAUAUUAUCAAUUAUUUAAAGAACAGACAUCAAUUAAUUAUGAUGAUAAAUUUCAAGAACAAAUUCGAGCAUUUUUUUCCAAUGCAAAUGAUAAUAUUGAACAAUUAUUACGUAAAGAUAUAACAAAUAGAUUAUUAACAUAUUCACGCCAAUGUUAUAUUAAUGUGGCUACAUGUUUACAAAAACGAGCGUAUGAUACAAUAAAUGAUGUCGCAGUAGAAAUGCAUAAACAAAUGGAAACUGCUAUGCUUCAUACAAAUGUUCCUCAACAAGGAUCAUUACUAAUCAAUGGACAAAAUUCUGUGUCAUCAUCUACUCUUGAUCGUAAUAUGGGUCGUAAUAGCAAUACUAGCAAUCGGCUAACACCUAAACAUAAUCCAACAUCCGUAGAAACAAAUGAUGAAACGUUAAAUCAUCGAACAUUGAAAAAAACUGAUUCCAAUGAAUGUAUUAUAGACUCUUCACCGCAACAAAUUCAUUCAACAGCUCGUACAUCAAAUGAUAAAGAGCAUCGUUUAUCAACAACUAUACAAACCAAAGGACCGGUACCGAUUUCACCAAAACCAACUACUUCUGCUUGGCGUACAUCUUUAUUAGUUAUUUCAAACGAACAAGAAUCAAAUUCAAAUAUUUCUGAUCCUAUUUAUGGCAAUGUACAAACAUCACCAAAUACUAUCAAUAGAGAAUUAUCAUUUGAAAAUGAAGGUGAUCUGAUCGAGCAUGAUCUACUUGAUCUAGUCGAACAAGAAAAACAAAAAGAAGAACAACGAAAUGCACCGCCUGCAUUACCGAUUAAAACACGAACUGGAAGUCUAACCACAACCAAAGAUAAUAAUAAUCUCGAUUUCGAUAUUGAACCAACAACGAAAUUAACUCAUCCAGGAAAAGAACGUCCACGUCGUGCAAAUGUGAAACGACCGAUAAAACGUCCAGCGAACGUUACUGCAAAUGAUAGUUCAUCUGAUGGUGGUCUUUUAACAGACGAAAAUGAAGAUAACAGCAUUGAAGAUAUAGUUUCCAAACCAAUUAUUGAAGUUCAAGGGAAUUUUAUAUCGGCUGUUGAACCACAAAUCACUGAAUUACCAUCGACGUCAGUUACAAAAUUUCUUAAAUCAGCAUUAAAAACUCCAAAACCAGUCGUUGAUGAACCAUCUCCUUCGUCAACGGCAACAACGCCACUGAAAAAUCUUCAACAAUUUCCAAUCGUCUUACCACGUCCUGUGCCUAUAAAUUCCAUGUCCAAAUCAAUGAUAAUGCCAAAUAAUGAUCAAUCCCCAAUAAUCAAUUCCGAUUUAUCCAAUGAAUCAUUUCCAACGAAAACUUCUAUGUCAACAAGUUUAUAUUCAUCAUUGAUACCACCGAAUCCUAAUGAACAAAAAGAUAUCAAUAAUUCAACAGAAUCUAUUAUAUCAUCAGUACCACCAGUAUUAGCGCGAACAGGCAAAGUAGCCAUUGGCACCCGAGUACUGCCUGUUCUUGAUCCAAAUGGAGAUGCACCACCAGUUAGAUUAAGACAUUUUCAAGCGGAGAAAAAAGGUCAUAAUGCAUCAAUAGACAAUACUACUACUACAUCAGAAGUUGGAUCUGGUAGUACUGCUGACUCCUCGGUUGUUUCUCCAUCAAUAUCUAAUAAUGGCGAUCAUGAUGAACAGUAUAAACGAUUGUCGGUGAAAGAACGCGCACGUAUGUUAACAACAAAUUCUCCGAUGGCACCCAAUGAUAAGAAAACGAUAUUAUCAUCGCAUACAACUACAACAACAUCAUCACAAACUCCACCUUAUACACCUCGUACGUAUCGUCGAAUUAUUGAACAAGUGAAUUUAUUCUGUUGA